UGGAGAGAGAGAGAGAGACAGAGAGGGAGAGAGAGAGAGGCAAGGGAAAUAGUCAAUGGCAUUAAAGGAGGGGUGGACGCUGUUGAUCCUUGACGUCAUGCUGUGGAACGGAACGGUGGGAGUGACUUUAGUGCUGCAGCAGCAGGCGGAGAGAGAGACAGAAUGACGGGAGGAGGAUGAGAGGAGCACAGACAGACAGUCUGGCGGGCAUGUUUAUCACACAGGGAAAAUAAAACACGAAACACACAGAGAUACAAGGGACCAGUGAGGAUUAAACAAAUAAUGACGGGAGACAGUGACUAAACACACGGAACGAGUUUCCCUCCAUCAUUUCUACCAGUGAAACGAUGGACUAAAGAGCAGAGCCAUUGUGUGUGAUGUCAGACACAAGCAUGCCUCAGAAAGGGCAUCUAACAACCCCACUGUGAUCAGAUAGAAAUGACAGUGUGAAGGCUGGCGUCGACUAAGGUGACCACUGCGGCCUGGGCAGCCCAUCCACAUGACCACAUGACUCUGGACAUGGACGCCGUCCUGUCGGACUUCAUCAGGUCCACUGGGGCGGAGCCUGGGCUGGCCAGAGAUCUGCUGGAAGGUAAGAACUGGGACCUGAGCUCUGCUCUCAGUGACUAUGAGCAGCUAAGACAAGUACACACUGUCAACCUGCCCACUGUCUUCAACGAGGGCCGUUACUACCGGCAACCGGACCACGACACCCCCCAGCACCUCAGCAAGGUGGAGCGGCCCGGUGUCCAGAGACAGGAGGACAACAUGCAAGAGAAGCGCCUGUCUCGGGGCAUCUCCCAUGCCAGCUCUGCCAUCGUGUCGUUGGCACGGUUCCACGUGGCCAGUGAGUGUAGCAGUGAGCAGUUCCCCCUGGAGAUGCCCAUCUACACCUUCCAGCUGCCUGACCUCAGCGUCUACAGUGAAGACUUCAGGACCUUCAUAGAGAGGGACCUCAUCGAACAGUCUACGAUGAUGGCCCUGGAACAGGCUGGUCGUCUGAACUGGUGGGCCACUAUGUGUACCAGUUGUAAGCGUCUUCUUCCUCUGGCCACCACGGGGGACGGCAACUGUCUGCUACAUGCUGCUUCUUUAGGGAUGUGGGGCUUCCACGACAGAGACCUGGUGCUGAGGAAGUCUCUGUAUGGCAUGAUGAAGAGUGGAGCGGAGAGAGAGGCUCUGAAGAGGAGGUGGAGGUGGCAGCAGACACAACAGAACAAAGAGUCAGGGCUGGUGUACACGGAGGAGGAAUGGGAGAGAGAAUGGAACGAGCUGCUGAAAUUAGCUUCUAGUGAACCACGUACACACAGCAGCAAGAACAACAACAAUACUGGAGGGGUGGAUAACUCAGAGGACCCUGUGUAUGAGAGUCUGGAGGAGUUCCAUGUGUUUGUCCUGGCUCACGUGCUGCGUCGACCCAUCAUAGUGGUGGCUGACACCAUGCUACGGGACUCAGGGGGAGAGGCAUUUGCCCCCAUCCCGUUCGGAGGGCUCUACCUGCCCCUGGAGGUGCCUCCUAACCUGUGCCACUGCUCUCCCCUGGUCCUAGCUUACGACCAGGCACACUUCUCUGCCCUGGUGUCCAUGGAGCAGAAGGACCAACACCAAGAACAAGCUGUGAUCCCGCUGACUGACUCAGAACACAAGCUGCUAUCUCUCCACUUCGCUACGGACCCUGGGAAGGACUGGGAGUGGGGCCGGGACGACAACGACAACAUCAAGCUAGCCAAUUUAAUUCUGUCUCUGGAAGCCAAACUGAACCUGCUGCACAACUACAUGAACGUAACAUGGAUCAGGAUACCAUCUGAAACCAGGGCUCCCCUGGCCCAGCCAGAGUCUCCCACGGCGUCCCAUGGCGGCGAUGACGUCCAGUCUCUAGCCGACUCCAUGGACUCCGACCGUGACUCCGUCUGCAGCAACUCCAACGUCAACAACGGCAAGGUCUCCACGAAGGACAAGGACAAGGAUCCCAAGGAGAAGACAGAGAGGCAGCAACAGCGUAAAGACAAGGACAAGACCAGGACGGACUCUGUGGCCAACAAGCUAGGCAGCUUCAGCAAAACUCUGGGUAUCAAGCUGAAGAAGAACAUGGGAGGUCUGGGAGGGCUGGUCCACGGAAAGAUCAACCGCUCCAACUCUGGAGGCAACGGCCGGAACAACGGAGGAGUGGGGGGCAACGGAGGAGGGGGGGGCGGCAACGGAGGAGGGACAGAGAAUAAUGUCGAAAAGAAGAAGGAGAAAAAGGAGGGGAAAGCACGGAAGGAUGGAGGAGGAGGAGAGAAGGAAGGCCAGUCUGCGAGUACGUCAUUCUGCUCGGACAAGACCACCAGCCCGUCUCCCACCGAGCGUCCCCCAGGCAUGCCCUCUCCUCCCGGGGGAACGGGACAGGGACAGGGGGGGGUCUCCUGGCCAGGCUGGUGGGGGAUAAGGCCCUGUCGGAGCACUGGAAGUACAGCACAGACGUCAAGCUGA